AUGGAGAAUGCAAGUCAGCUCAAACCAACGCCUGUCAUCUACGGAGAGCUGUUGAACAUCUCCGCCAACUACACCCAUGCCAAUUUCACGUCGAAAACGGAGAAGGACAGUAACGUGGCUUUCCAGGCGGGUCUAGCCGUGACCUUAGCCCUCAUAACUUUCGCCACGACGCUUUCAAACGCGUUCGUCAUCGUCACCAUUUACCAGUCCCGAAAAUUACACACCCCGGCAAACUUUCUGAUCGCCUCCCUGGCCGUCACGGACCUCCUGGUGUCCAUUUUGGUGAUGCCGAUCAGCGCGCUGUACACGGUCAGCCAAACCUGGACACUGGGGCAGGUGGUGUGCGACAUAUGGCUGUCCUCGGACAUAACGUGUUGCACCGCGUCAAUCCUCCACCUGUGCGUAAUUGCGCUGGACCGCUACUGGGCCAUCACGGACGCGGUGGAGUACUCCAAGAAGCGCACGCCGGGGCGCGCAGCCGGGAUGAUCGCCACCGCCUGGGUGAUCGCCAUCUCCAUCUCCCUGCCGCCUUUCUUCUGGCGCCAAGUGAAAGCAGAGGAGGUGACGACCUGCAACGUGAACACCGACCACAUUUUCUACACCAUCUACUCCACCUUCGGCGCUUUCUACAUCCCCACGCUGCUGCUCAUCGCCCUGUACGGGAGGAUUUACGUGGAAGCCCGUAAGCGCAUCCUGAAGCAGUCGCACAACAAGCCGGGGAAAAGACUCACCUCGGCGCACCUGAUCACCAACUCCCCCGGCUCGGUGGCGUCCACGACCUCUCUGAACUACGGGACGAACGACACCUCCUCCUGUGACACUACCUCGCCCGCGAACGUGAGCCAAGUCAAAGUCACUGUGUCCGACGCGCUGCUGGAGAAGAAGCGGAUCUCCGCCGCCCGGGAGAGGAAGGCGACCAAAACUUUGGGAAUAAUCCUGGGAGCCUACAUCAUAUGCUGGCUCCCGUUUUUCAUUUACACUCUUCUAGUGCCUGUCUGCGAGUCCUGCUUCCACCCGGAGUUAUUUGACAUUUUCACCUGGCUGGGUUACCUCAACUCCUUAAUCAACCCCAUCAUUUACACCAUGUCCAACGAGGACUUUAAACAGGCUUUCCACAAACUAAUACGGUUUAAAUGCUGCAGGGCAUAA